CAGUUUCUGACAUGUUUUUUCUUGACAGGAUAUUUUAGUGUGCGGACAUUCUUUGGAGGUGAAUAUGACCACAAACCUGGACUUCUUCCUCAGCGUAGCUCAAGUACGACUUCUACAGCAGCUAGUACAAGCCAAUUUGAUUGGACUAGAGCCUUCUGACAAGGUCACUGAGGUUUCCAAACAAGAACAGAAAAAAAUGGAUAUGUCUGAUGGAGGAGCAGUCGAAACAUCUUCACGUUAUAGUGGUGCCCAAGAUAGUGGCAUUGGCAGUGAUAGUGUUAAAAUCAGAAUAGUUCAAAUAGAACAACAUAGUGGCACUAGCCAACACCGCAUUGCCCGUCCUUCCCGACAGUCUUCGAUUGUGAAGAACCUGAACUUCAUUCCCUUUGACAUUUUUAUUACUGCAAGCCGAAUCUCCUUGAUGUCUUAUUCAUGUACUCCUUUACCUAAAUUUAAAUCAGUGCAAGAUCAGAAAGAUGUUGAGAAAAUAAGUAAAAGCUCACUAAACCUUCCAGAAACAGAUUCAGAUGGUAGCCAAGAAACCAGGAAGCUUAGUCAGGCAUGUAUUUCAUCAGUAACUGCAGAUGAUCUCUUGAACAGUAACAGUUCUUUGCCCACUGGGAGAAAAUCAGGUCUACUAUCACUAGAAAGUCUUCAUGCUUCCACAAGGUCAUCUGCUCGACAAGCCCUUGGUAUCACUAUUGUUCGACAGCCUGGUCGCAGAGGAACUGGUGACCUCCAGCUAGAACCUUUUCUGCAUCUUAUUGUAUCCCAGCCUUCUGUGCUCUUGAGCUGUCACCACAGGAAACAAAGAGUGGAAAUAUCAGUGUUUGAUGCUGUGCUUAAAGGAGUAACCUCAGAUUACAAGUGUACAGAUCCUGGAAAGACACUUCCAGAAGCUCUUGAUUAUUGCAAGGUUUGGCUACAGACAGUAGCAGGAGAGAUAGAUGCGAAAAGUGGCAUUCCACCUUCUCUUGUCACACUGCAAAUUAAAGACUUUCUCAAUGGGCCAGCUGACAUAAAUGUGGCUAUUUCAAAGCCUUUGAAAGCAAACCUGAGCUUUGUCAAACUUGACCAAAUAAAUCAUUUCCUGAGGAAGAUAAUACGGACAAAUGACUAUGACACUAGUAAGGAGGCUGCUGCUUCAGCUGAUAGCAUUCCAAUCAAGGAUGGCAUAUCAGCACCCCAAUGUUCCAGUAGAAAGGAAUUUUUGCCUGCAAUAAGUGCUAAUGGAGAGCAAAUGGCUUCAGUCCAAGAAAACUUGUGGAGAGUUCUUUCCUGCUUUCAAAAGAUUUCCAUUCAUACUGCUCAAAUGGUUGUUUCUGUGGAAACCAUGCCACACCUGAAAAAACCUUGCCUAUUAGCAUCUCUAUCAAACCUUAGGGGAAAUCUGAACGUCAGAUCUGGACAUAAAACAACAGGUGUAAUUCAUGGAUCAUCUUUUGUUCUUGAAAUAAAUGAUUUUCUCCUUAAAACAAGUCUCAAAGGAAGAAGCAGAGCUCUUAUAGGCCCCUUCUGCUGUUCUGUCAAUGUGGAAGCUAAGUGGUGUAAGCACAGUGGUAAUCCUGGUCCAGAGCAAUCUGUUCCUAAAAUUCAUCUUGACUUAAGAGGAGGGCUGAUACAGGUCUUCUGGGGACAAGAACAUUUGAAUUGUUUAGUUCUUCUUCAUGAACUUCUGCAAGAGUACCUUACGGAACAAGGCAAGAGGGAGGUGCUGAUCUCUGAUCUAACAUGCCAGAUUCAGUCUCCUAUGGAAAAGAAUCAACUCUCAAAAACUGAGCAUACCUCAGAUGAUCUGAGAACAGGCCUCUUCCAGUACAUACAAGAUGCAGAGGCGCAGAAGCUGCCGAGUGCCUAUGAAGUUGUGUUUUACAAUGAAACAGAGGAUAGUCCAGGAAUAAUGUUAUGGAGAUAUCCAGAACCCAGAGUGCUUACCCUUGUAAGAAUAACUCCUGUUCCUUUUAAUACAACCGAAGAUCCAGAUAUUAGCACUGCAGACCUUGGAGAUGUUCUUCAGGUUCCUUGUAGCUUGGAGUACUGGGAUGAGCUCCAGAAAUCAUUUGUUGCAUUCCGGGAGUUCAGUCUAUCAGAAAGCAAAGUUUGUGAGCUACAGCUGCCCAGUGUCAGCCUUGUGAAUGAUCAGAAAGAGCUUGUAGCCUCAGACCUUUGGAGGAUUGUCCUGAACAGCAGUCAGAAUGGACCUGAUGACCAAAGCUCUGAAAGUGAAUCUGGCUCACAAAGUGCAUGUGAUCAGCUUGUAACUCCUACAGCAUUAGCAGCCUGUACCAGAGUUGACUCCUGUUUUACUGCUUGGUUUGUGCCUUCACUUGGUGUUUCAGUCCAAUUUGCUCAUUUGGAACUCCAUCUCUGCCAUCAUCUUGAUCAGCUGGGCACAGCACCACCCAGGUUCCUUCAACCAUUUACCUCUGAUAAAAAUGUUCCAUCUGAACUAGAAUACAUGGUAGUUUCCUUCAAAGAGCCCCACAUAUAUCUCCGGCAGUGGAGUGAUGAAUCAGUCUUCAAGGAGAUCCAGUUUUCUGCAUGGGCUGACUGUAAACUUUUGGAGUGUCGAAAUGUUACUAUGCAGAAUGUCGUGAAGCCUUUCAAAAUCUGUGGGCAGAUUGCCAUUUCUAGUAAUACAGCAGAAAAGUUACUGGACUGCACUGUCAUGGUGGACCCUAUUUUCGUAAACUUUGGGCAAUAUGCAGUUCAUUCGAUGAAUACAGCGCUUCAAGCUUGGCAACAGAACCAAUGCCCGGAGGCAGAGGAGUUGGUCUUUAGCCAUUUUGUGAUCUGUAAUGACACACAGGAGACACUGCGGUUUGGCCAGGUGGAUACUGACGAAAAUGUUUUGCUGGCUAGUCUCCACUGUCACCAGUACAGCUGGCGCUCUCACAAGUCCCCACAGCUACUCCACAUAUGCAUUGAAGGUUGGGGAAACUGGCGCUGGUCUGAGCCAUUCAGCGUGGACAAUGCAGGAAUCUUUAUCAGAACCAUUCAGUACAAAGGCAGGACAGCAUCACUUAUCAUCAAGAUUCAACAGCUCAGUGGAGUGCAAAAACAAAUAAUAAUCUGUGGAAGACAGAUGGUCUGUAGUUAUCUGGCUGACAGCAUCGAAUUGAAAGUGGUUCAGCACUACAUUGGCCAAGACGGGCAGGCAGUUAUUAAAGAACAUUUUGACUGCCUUGCAGCCAAACAGAAGCUGCCUUCCUAUGUCCUAGAAGAUGAUGAGCUGACGGAAUUGAGUGUGAAAGCUAAAGGAGAUGAAGAUUGGUCAAGAGAUGUAUGUCUCAGUUCCAAAAACACAGAAUAUAGCACAGUCAUUCAGGUACCAUCUUCAAACAGUUCAAUUAUUUACGUGUGGUGCACAAUUUUGACAUUAGAACCCAGCACUCAAGUACAACAACGAAUAAUUGUUUUCAGCCCUCUUUUUAUCAUGAGGAGUCAUCUUCCAGAUCCAAUUAUCAUACAUUUGGAGAAAAGAAGUCUGGGAUUGCGUGAAACACAAAUGAUUCCAGGAAAAGGGCAGGAGAAAUCAUUGCAAAAUAUAGAGCCUGAUCUUACCCAUCACUUAACAUUUCAAGCUAGGGAAGAGGAUGAUCCUUCAGAAUGUGCAGUUCCUAUCUCAACAGCACUUAUUAAACAGAUAGCUACUAAAUCCCAUGCAAGUGGCACUGUGAAUCAGAUACUGUCUGAGUUUUAUGGGAUUAAUAGCUCUCCUCAGCCUGUGUGGCCAUAUAAUAGAAAGGAUUCGGAGAGUAACGAACAGCUCACGCAGUGGGAUAGCCCAAUGCGGGUGAAGCUUUCAGUGUGGAAGCCGUGUAUUAAAACCCUACUGAUAGAACUUCUGCCCUGGGCACUGCUUAUCAAUCAGUCUAAAUGGGAUCUAUGGCUAUUUGAAGGAGAGAAGAUAGUUCUUCAGAUACCUGCUGGGAAAACAAUUAUACCUCCAAAUUUCCAGGAAGCUUUUCAAAUUGGAAUAUACUGGGCAAACACUAACACUGUGCACAAAUCAGUGGCGAUCAAACUAGUUCAUAAUGUAACAUCUCCAAAAUGGAAGGAUGCAGACAACGGGGAAAUGGUAACACUGGAUGAAGAAGGGUUUGUUGAAGCUGAAAUAAAACUUGGUGCCUUCCCAGGUCAUAAAAAGUUGUGCCAGUUCUGCAUUUCAUCUAUGGUUCAGCAUGGCAUUCAAAUUCUACAGAUUGAAGAUAAGACAACUGUAAUCAACAAUACAUCAUACCAUAUCUAUUGUAUACCACAGCUGUCUGUUUUAAGGCCUCGGUCUGGAGAGGAGUAUUUACACAUACCAGAUAGUACAGCAUUCAGAAUCUGCCCAGCUGGGGAACCACCUACUGAAAAAUUGAGCUCUGUUCCUUGUUGGGACCUGAUGUCAGACAUCAGUCAGUCAACAUCAGAAGUGUCCCUCCUGAAAAAGCACAUAUUGCUAAGUUUCAGUCCAAUUGUGUGUGCUGACAGUUUGCAGUGCUGGAGCCUGCCAGCUGUGAUUAAACAAGAAUUUCCUAGACAGAGUGUGUCAGUACCCAUUGGUGUUUGUAAUGAAAGUGGAUUUUGUACCAGAGCCAUAGCACUGACUUAUCAAGAGCAUCUUGGGGUGACAUACUUAACUCUUACGGAAGACCCUAGUCCUCGCAUAAUUAUCCACAACAGGUGUUCUGUCUCAUUGAUUUUAAAGGAGAACAUCAAAGAUACACCAAAAUUUGAAGUUUAUUGCAAGAAAAUUCCGGCUGAAUGUUCUGUUCAUCAUGAGCUUUAUCAUCAAGUCUCCAGUUACCCAGAUUGCAAAACCAAAGACUUAUUGCCCAGCAUUCUUCUGAAAGUGAUGUCAUCAGAUGAACUAACACAUGAAUGGAGUGAUUUUGUGGAUAUUAAUAAUCAAGGCACACAGAUUGUAUUCCUAACUGGCUUUGGCUGUGUUUAUGUGGACAUUGCUCAUCGGUGUGGUACAAUAAUAAUAACUUUGGCCCCAGAAGGAAGACCAGGACCUGUCCUGAUCAACCUGAACAGAACUCCGGAGCAAUCCGUUAUAUUUAAAAUGUUCAUCAGCCAGGCAAGCCUUGCAAUGUUUGAUGAAAUCACUAAUCACAAAAUGUCUUCUGAACUUCUGCGGCUCACCGUGGACAAUGUUUACCUUAAAAUGGCACCAGUAGACAGCUACUUGAGAUCACUGUCUCAUGAAUUCCAGGGAGAGAUCUCUGAAGGUCUUCCUCAGUUUUAUGGUCUCCAAAUAUAUUGUGGAGACUUGCAAUUGGACAAUCAGCUGUAUAAUAAAUCCAAUUUCCACUUUGCAGUCCUGCUGUGCCAGGGAGAGAAAAAUGAAACCAUUGAGUGGUCCAAAGUGAACAACCUCAUUUUAUCCAAAAAAGACUUGGAAGAAUAUAAGGAAAACUGUUUCAUAAAACUUUGCAUUACUUUAUCAGAGGAACAGAAUUUUUUAUUUUGUGUUAAUGACCUCAGCUUCGAACUGAAACCAGCCAGGCUAUAUGUGGAAGACACAUUUGUUUAUUACAUUAAGACCUUAUUUGAUACAUAUCUUCCAGACAACAAAGUGAUUGGUCAUUGCAUAAAAAACUCAACUAUUACUCAAAUACUUCCUGAACAAGUGAGACAGCAUGCUAAAGCUUUAGUCAACCCAGUAAAGUUAAGGAAGUUAGCGAUACAACCAGUUAACCUCUUGGUCAGUAUCCAUGCUUCACUAAAGCUGUAUAUAGCUUCAGAUCACACUCCUCUCUCCUUCUCUGAGUUUGAACGAGGCCCCAUCUACACCACUGCCAGACAGCUCAUCCAUGUUUUGGCCAUGCAUUAUGCUGCGGGGGCACUAUUCAGAGCAGGCUGGGUUGUCGGAUCUUUGGAAAUUCUUGGAAGCCCAGCUAGCUUAGUAAGAAGUAUAGGGAAUGGCAUAGCUGACUUCUUUAGACUCCCGUAUGAGGGGCUGACCAGGGGCCCAGGAGCAUUUGUCAGUGGAGUUUCCAGAGGAACAACAUCAUUUGUUAAACACAUUUCCAAAGGUACACUGACAUCUAUUACUAAUCUUGCAACUAGUCUUGCUCGGAAUAUGGAUCGGCUGUCGCUGGAUGAGGAGCAUUACAAUAGACAAGAAGAAUGGAGAAGGCAGCUUCCAGAGAAUUUGGGAGAAGGACUGAGACAGGGGCUUUCCCGCUUAGGCAUCAGCCUUUUAGGUGCAAUUGCUGGUAUUGUAGAUCAACCAAUGCAGAAUUUUCAGAAAAUAUCUGAGGCCCAAGCUUCAGCAGGGCACAAAGCCAAAGGUGUUAUCUCUGGUGUAGGAAAGGGAAUUAUGGGAGUGUUUACUAAGCCAAUUGGAGGAGCAGCUGAACUUGUCUCCCAAACGGGCUAUGGUAUUUUGCAUGGAGCUGGACUUUCUCAGCUUCCCAAACAGCGUACAAACAGCCACAUAAAAUAUGUCUGGAAAAUGCUUCAGUCUCUAGGAAGGCCAGAGGUCCAUAUGGCACUGGAUGUGAUAAUUGUGAGUGGAUCAGGACAAGAACAUGAAGGAUGCUUGCUACUUACAUCAGAAGUGCUAUUUGUGGUCAGUGUCAGUGAAGACACACAACAGCAGGCAUUCCCUGUGACUGAAAUUGAAUGUGUAGAAGACCAUCAACGAAAAAACCUGCUGAAGGUGCAGCUCAAACAAGAAAGAGUGCCUUGUGAUUUGGAGGUGGAUGGAGUUAGAGAAAGACUCUCCGAACAACAAUAUAAUCGACUUGUGGACUUUGUCACAAAAGCAUCCUACCACCUUGUUCCAAGCUACUUUUCUGGACAAACUACAUCCCAAGUUGUAGCUGCAGAGCCCCUUCCAAGUACAAUUAAGACAUAUCAGUACCUAGUUGAUCCAAAUUUUGCUCAGGUAUUCAUUAGUAAAUUCACUAUGGUAAAAAAUAAAGCCUUGCGGAAGGGAUUUAAUUAAGAACAACUUUAUGACAAGAAUGAUUAUGCAUUACCUUUUUUAAAGUCAUGCUUUCUAUGCAGUCACCUAACUGUGAACUUUUCUAAUGCCAAUUUUAUGGGGUGGUGGGUUAUAGGAAAAUUAAGAGCUGGCUUUUCUGAACUGACAACAAGGGAUUCCUGUUCUCUAAAAAAGUUGUUAGCACUAACAGGCAGGUAUUACACAAAAGGGAAAGGUGAUAACUGAAUGAAAAUAGUUUGUUCUUGCUCUAAGCAGAAAUAAGAGAAAAGAAGACAAAGGAAAUCCUAUUCAUUGAUACAUUUUGCCAUCAACAAAAUGAAGCUAUUCCUGCCUACUAUAUCAUAUUAUAGCGCUUACCAGUCUCUGAUAUAAGCAAGGCUUUUGACUGAGUUCUAAAACCUCUCUCAACUCUUUUUUUCCCCAAUGUCCUGAAGCAAAACAUAUUCCCCUACUAAACUGAUGUGGCCCUUUUAAGUUACUAGAGAUAGCUGGGUUUUAACACCUCUCGCCUUAAAAUAGCUCCAUUUUAUUUGACUGAAAUUUUGCAGAUUAAACUAGUGCCUUGUUUGGUCUAAAGAACACAAUGAAAAUGAGAACUUUAAUUUACUUUUAAAACUGUCUGUCUACAGAAACUUUAUUGUAUCCACCAGUCAAAUUUUCAUAAGAAUUUUCAAUCUGUUGUGGAUUAAGAUGGUAAUAUGUAAUUAUGUUAGGGAGACAGGAGCAGUUAUAAUUCUGAGGCCGGUAAUGUGUGUUAAAAAGCUUUAGGAGCUAUGUUUAUUAAUAUGUACCAAAAAUUCAUAAACACUGUACUCCUUUGAACCCAACUGCUAAACUUCAUCCUUAGCUCAUCAUGUUAGGCUCUACUAUUUCUGGACUCUCCAAAUCGUACUCACAGUGCUUCAUUGCUUUGACCAGCUGUAAUACAAUUUUACGCCUAUCAAUGUCAGAAACCAGGAAAUUCAGAGUCCAGACCAUUCCAAAAUAUUUGUGCAUAGAAAUUAUACCCUAUUUUGCACAGAAGUGCAAUUGCAAAGUGCUUAGAGUUAAAUUCAUUUGACAUCAUUGUAUGAGAACUGCCCAGUGAAAACCACUGUAUUUCAGCAAGAUGGCUUUUCCCAGCUGUGCUUACAAAUGACAAUUGCUGUAUCAGUUACAUCAGUUUGAGAUGGCACCUGUAAUAAUAGUAGGUAAAAAGCUUUGAGACAGAAGUUUGCUUUUCAAAUUGUUCUUCAGCUUUUAUUUUUCAAAUCUGUGUUAUAGUUUGUACUUGGUAAUAACUGCUAUCAUAAGAGCAGUUAAGAUUGUUUUGCAGAGCAAACAGCUUCAUUUUUCAAUGAUAAAAGUAGACUUGAUUCAGUUCUUUGUGAGCUUCUACUUUAAACUCUAUCCAUGACUGCUCCUUCUGACCAUGAAUUUCAGCACAUGAACUACCUUAUUUAGGAUUCCAGAUGUACUUGAAUAUAGCCAGUAACUAAGCAUGUUAGGGACAGAGUCAACUCUGAUAAUUGCUGGUAGUGUUCGAUAAAUGCCAUUUAUUUAGCAUUUCCUCUAUAUAGCUAAUAAUGGCCAUAAAAUUAGAAUGUACUAAUUGUGUGUUUUGCUCUGUUAAAGCUACUGCUGGAAUUCAUGUCUGGUAGGUACUGUAGUGAUAAGGGAGACACACACAAUUUGAAUAGCCCAUUGUGAAAUGAACCUAUCCAUUAUUGCUAUUUCGUUCAGUUGUCUAGCUAUGUGGUCAUUGUUUGCCUUUAAAUGACACUAUUUAAAAAUGUAAAUAUAGAGGCUUUAUUUCUGAAUCUUUCAUGGUAAAUAGAUUACUACUAAUUUUACAUACUGAUGCAGAAGUUGUAAUAUAACAAGAUUGUUUAAAGUUAAUAAAGUUAUUCCUACAAUACUUGGUUUCUUUGUGAUUCACAAGUCGUGUAGUUAAUGUUCUGGUCAUUAGAUGUGACACUGGAUCUCCGAGAGCUCAACUCUCAGCAAGUUAUUGCCCAGAAAAUACUGCCAGCCAUGAACAUUUGAAAUUCACAUUUAUAUUUUUGAAGUAAAAGCUGAUGACUAGAGAGCUGGCCAAAUCAGGUGCUAAAGAGUUUUGACUGUGUGCAAAAUUGUAUGCUGCCAUUUUGACCAGUACACAGACUAAAAUAAUUGUUCACCUAAUAGAGCAUUGGCUGGGUGUCAAAAACAUGCACAACACACCUGUAAAACAUUGAGGGGACACUGCAGGCUUUCUAUCUAAUACUAGUGGGAUUAUGCUGAUAUUUCAUUUCUGAAUUAUGCUCUUCUUCUGGCAAAAAGAAACCAUUGCACACUCCUGUACAGUAAAGCAAGCCCAUGUAUGUAUUACAUUAGGCAGAAGGUUGUUUCACCCCCUCCUGUGAAUGCAGGUAUGGAAAUACUGUGGUAACUUCACAUAAAUCAGCCUCUCCUACACAUGCUGUGUGAAUGGUGAAAACAAAACUGUCCACAGAUGCCUGAGAACAGCACUUAGCUGACUGAAGCUCUCCAGUUUGUGCUUUUACAAAUAUACCUGGCCUCAUUCUUUGGGGCUGGAGGGACCAAAAAGCUCCAUUUCAUUUCUUUUUGAGUUUGUGCCUUGUUUAAGCUUUUGGCUUGCUAGCUUUGUUGUGGUGUUUACACUCCAGGAGCACAUUCAAACAUCUCAGGAAAGACCUUACAUGGUUCCUGCUCAGUGUGUUAUUUCACCUGACUAACAGUAGGUACAGGCCCAUAAAAAUCACCUUAACAUUAGCAUCCUAGCUGGUUUCUGGGUCAAGAAUGCCUAGAAACAGCAAGCCACAGGCUGUGUGGAUUAAGGCACAACUCAGUAAGCAAGGGAAUGCGCAGUCAAUCUAUUCAUGAUCUGUAAAGAUGUCACAAAUGAAGGUAAGUGCUGGGGAAUCUGUUUGCAUUUUUUCCCUCUUAGCCCAGGUCAGAGCUACAGCUACACUGCAGGUUUCUUUUACAAAAACUGCACGUGUUUUGUGCAAGUAAAUUUACAGUAAGCGUCAGAAAAUAGGGCUUCUUGCACAAGAGUUAUUCCUCACCCCACAACAAAUAAGCCCUCUUGUGUAAGAGCUCUUCCACACGAAGGCAGUGUGGCCAGGCCACAGGGAUUUCUUGCGCAAGAGAGCAUCCACACUGCCAUGAAUGCUCUUGUGCAAAAGCACAUCUCUUCCACAAUGUGGACGUGCUUUUGCGCAAGAAUUUUUGCACAAGAACCCACCAGUGUAGACAAAGCCCAGAUGUGUGACUCACCUGAUUUGUCUGGACCAGCUCAAAAGGUCACUAGGUCAGCGUUGAGGGCUGUCCAGACAAUGUCCAUUUAGCAUGGUGCAUUAUACUUACUGAGCCCCCUGUCACAAAGGACUGAAUAUUUAUCUCCUUGACAAUUGUUUUGAAUCUCUUAACUAGCACAGCAGGCACGCACAUCUCUCAUUCUUUGGUGAAGGCCAAAAAAACCCUUAAGCUAAUAACUGUUGACCUGCUUUUCACCUUUGUUUUGGCUAAGCGGAGCACAAAAAAUGAUGGUGCUGUUCAGUGAUUUAAAAAACAAAGCUUGUAACCGUUCCGGUCCAAAAAUGCAUCGGGCCAUAUUCAUUAGCUUUUAAACCCUGAUUCUUGGUGUGAAGCAAUGGACUUUUGCUUCACUAUGUUUAAAAAGCAGUAACACUCAUGGAAAGUCCCACUCCUGGUCACUCAGCUCACCAACAGCCUGGCUAGCAGGCUCUAUCCUACUCCCACCCCCCCAAUUAUCUGUAGCUGGGCCCAUGCCCCAGGAAAGCCCAAUAUCCACCAACCUGAGGCACUGGCCAGAAAGAGUCAAGCCUUGCAUGUACCAAAGCCUGGCACAGGGCAGCUUCUUUACCCCUUUAGCUAAGCUCUG